CUGGCGCGCAGGUUGGAUGUUUGGAUGCUCCGUCAGCUUAGUGCUCUCGUGUAUGUACGUACUCCAAAUAUGAAUUGUGCGCAUAUACAGUGUUGAGAGUGCCGACGUGAUAGCGGAUCGACAUGACCACGAUCGUCUCGAUACACGGGUCACGCGGUGUUGUGCGUAGAGUGCGUGAUCGCACUUGUUUACGCUGCGCGGGAGUUUGUUUGUGACCGCCUGUGAGGUAAGACGUUCUCAUCCGUUGCUGACAUAUUUUUGUAUCUAUCGAUUGCAUCACAAUCGACCGCCGUCCCGGGAUGACUAUCGUCGUUCCGUGCUUUGUUGAAUCUUGGGGUCUGUAUUGUCGCCGCGAUCCCCGCGUUAUAUUAGAGAGACAGGUACCAUUUUGACCGAACUGACCUGUUUACGAGGCGCGGGCCGCGCGGGUCGUCGCUGCGUCAUUUGCCUGUCGCGUCGUUUCGAAAACUUUUACGUGCGCGUAUUCGCUCGUCCGUGCAGUGGAAUACCACGAGUGUGUCCACGAGGAAGCACUGCUUGAUCAUCGUGCAAUUGUACUAGAUCAAUUCGUACGGAAACGAAUUGUAUCGUUCUCUGUUCGCAAUGUCUACACGUAUGUAGCAUACACCGGCGCGGCGUGCAUACGCUCGUUCAAACGGCUGCCGUCAGCGAGAGAAUUUCAACGAGAGGACGACGAUUCGUGAAGCAGCUCGUUAGGUUAGGUUAGAGUUCCACGUGCGUAACAACGAUCAAGGAUGGAUUCGAUGUUACUGAAGAGUAAAUUCCGCGGUACGAUGUUAGGUGUUUUAGUCGGCGAUUGCCUUGGAGCCCCGUAUGAAGGCUUACAGAAACUAUCAGAUCGGAAAAAGGCCUGCUUACAUAAAGACCUGAACAAGUUGUGGGACACGAAGUUCAGAGAACCUGUCAUGCAAUACACAGAUGAUUCUGCAAUGACACGCGCCUUAGCUGAGUCGUUGAUUGAGAAACAAGAUCUGGAUAUUGUUGAUGUAGCUAAGCGAUUUACAAAAAGUUAUCAUGAUGAGCUUUCAAGAAAGAAUUGUUACGGAGCUGGUACUGUAACUAUACUUAAGGAAUGGAAGAAACAUGUGGAUGAAGCAAAUGUAAAAAUCCCAGCAAAGAAUCUAUUUGAUGGUCAAGGUUCCCUCGGUAAUGGAGGUGCUAUGAGAAUUGCUCCUGUUGUAUUAUUUUCAUACAAUAAUUACGAUAAACUUAUACAUAAUGCCAGAGAAGUAACAGAAAUUACGCAUACACACAAGUUAGGGAUAAACGGUGCUAUUUUACAAGCUAUAGCAAUUCAACAAAGUCUAUCUUUAGAUCCCAAUGAAGAAUUGGAUGUUUCUAAGUUUGUUGAUGAUCUCAUAAACAAAAUGGAUAAAAUUGAAGGUGACUCAAGCGAAUACAAAGAUCGACUAAACAUAGUAAAGAGCUUACUUUCUGAGGAAGGGGAUGAUCCUAAUGAGAAAAAGGUUGUCGAACAACUGGGUGCUAAUGUCACAGCUUUAGAGUCCGUACCUACCGCGAUCUUUUGUUUUCUAAGAGCGCAGAGUCCCAUAAAAAGGAUGCCGAUUUUCAAUCGUCUCAGAAGAGCAAUUCAAUAUGCCAUUACUUUGGGAGGUGAUACGGACACGAUUGCUAGUAUGGCUGGUGCGAUAGCUGGUGCUUUCUACGGCUACGAAAAAUUCAGCCUAUUACUCUUAUCGCAUUGCGAAGAAUGGGAAAAUUUUCAAGCUCUGGCUGAUAAGUUGCUGUAUCUGCCAACAUCUAGUGAUACAGAUAAAUGAAUAAUAUAUAUUUAAAAAAUUUUACUAAUGCAGAAGAUUAUAUACUCAAUGUUCUUUUAUUCAUCAUUGCUCCCUUACAAGCUUCAGCCAACAUUUUACUACUUACGUGGCACACUUCUUACUAAAUAUCAAUUUGUAAUUACAAUAUACAUUACCAUCUAUGCUUUGUUAUUUUACACAUUUUAUUUUUGUUCACGAAUUGUUAACAUAUUUCGCUUUUGACGUACAAGAAAUAAGAAGUGUAUCUGGUAACUGAAUUAUUUGGAAAGUAAAUCUGUAUGACUAGUAUUCAUAAUUUUUCGCAGCACUAUCAUACGCUACAAAGUUAGACUUACAUCGUGUAUAAUCGUGCUUUUUUUUUUAUUAGACCUACAAUAAAGAUAGAAAAUAAUAUCAAUAUUUCGUAAGUUUUGUGUAAAUAAAAAUAUGGGCAGGGGAGAGGAGGAGAGACGUGUCGGAAACCGCUUGAAUUCUUCCGUUUUUAAGUGGUUCCGUUCUCUCGACGAUCACAGAGAUUUUAAAUAUAUAAGCAUGGUCGCGCGAUCAGUCUGUAACUCUAUCUAAAGCACGCUGCUAAAGAUGCAAGUUUUGUUAUACAUAAUCAGUGUAGUCAAUAAUCCAAUUAAAAAUAGUAAUUGUA